AUGGAGUCUUACCUGAAGGAAACAUCUUAUACCUUCCUUGAUGUCAGCGCCAGCCUCUCGGAAUACGUGUUCGACCCUCAUUUCAUUCCCUUUCUAGCCGGAGACGAGCUUGACACCUUUUUGUACCCUUAUUCUAUUCCCUCAUCCCAGCCACCAAUGCCUCUGGUGAGCACCCCUUGCCCACUCACUCACCCAACCAACUACAACACCGACUAUAACGUCCUCAACAGCCGGUCGGAAUCCCCUCCCUCAGCCUUCUUCCCUGCUUCGAAUGAACUGUUCUCCCCCGCCUCGAGUGAGCUGUUCGACUUUGCUCGGUCCCCCAGCAGCAGCAGCAGCAGCACCACUACCACCACGACCUCGCCGCGAUCUCCUCCCACCAAAGACUUGAAGGAAACCGAGGCCUGGGGCCCCGCGGACUUGCACCAGAUGGGAUACCUCGACGUUUCCGGCAACUGGCGCUGCCGGUACUCGGGGUGCUGCUCCUCCCGCGUCUUCCUCCGGGCGUGCGACCUGCGGAAGCACUUCCGCGGCCACGCCAAGUACUUCUUCUGCACAGAGACGAGGUGCCGGCAGGCGGGCGUCGGGUUCGCGACCCGCAAGGACUUCCAACGGCACAUGGGGUCACACAAGCCGGCCGUCCCGUGCCUACACCCGGACUGCGAUCGCAUCUUCAGCCGGAAGGACAACAUGGUGAGUUGA